CCUCCCAGCCAUCAUCUCCUUCUUCUCCAUUUUCAUUCUUCCUUAAUCCUUAUGUAUAUGCAAAAGAGAAACUCUAUUCUACUUUAAAUACUUUAUAGGCCAACAGUUCUGUUUGAGUAAAGUUCUCCAAGUAAAAAUUCAAAUAUGACCGAUAAUCAGGAAUCCCAUAAGCGGACCCAGCCCCCUCUCAGCCUUAAUCAGCGCCACAAUCGGAUUCUCAGUGACCUCUCGGCGUCCCAUUCGAAACCCAUUUCCCAAAUCCCGGGGGAAGAAAUUUGUGAAAACCAGUCGAAUGUAAAGGUGAAGAAGAAGUUGCAAGGCAGACGCCGUCUCUGUAAAGCGUAUUCAGCAUCUGAUGCUGCUGAAAACGAAGACGUUUUUGGCUUCUCUGGAAUCGCCGACUUUGAUUCUCCUUCUCCUCCCCGUCCUUUUGCCGUAGAGCAAUUACAACAACAAAAUCAAUCAAAGUUUACUGCUGAAGCAGCUGAUUUUCCAAGCUUCUCUGGGAUUGCGGAUUUUGAUUCCCCGUCUCCACUUUCUGAUAAAGUAAGACCAUCAAAUGUUGUUCUGGACAGUCGUGAAGUUUGUGACAAGGAUGGCAACGCUGAUGAAACAAGAUCUAGUUCUUCAUAUGGUGAUUCUGAUCUUGUUCCUCAUCCACCAGGAGAAGAGGGGAAACUGGUGAAAGUGAGGAUUGAGGGUAGCCGGAGCCCUUGUAGAGCAUCAAGAAAUGAUGGUUAUCGUAGCAAGAUGGAUAUUGAAAUUACCAAAACAGAAGAGUCCAAAGGUUUGGGGAUUUCGGAUUGCGAUUCUUCACCUUGGGUAAAAACUGCUCUUGAGAAUAGCUAUGGAGGUGGUGUGAAUGAAAUAAGGGAUAUUCUUAAUGAUUUAAGCUCAAGGCUUGAGAUUUUAUCCAUUGAGAAGAAAAGGGAGCCUAGGAGGAUUGACUUGAAAGAUGAUUCUAAGCAUUUAUCUAAGAGUGAAGUGAACCAUGCAAAAAACAAUGAAGAAAUUCCUGACUAUGAAAGUGCUGCAUCUUCAUUUUCAACCUCGUCUGGUUCAUCAGUAGCUUCUGCUAAGGAAUCUGACAUUGGAUAUUCUCAUAUUGAUGAUUUUAAAAAGAAUAAUGAUUUUGAUGAUGCAUCUCAGAUUCGUAAUUCUUAUGAGAAGUUAGAAAGUGGCAUGAAGAUUUGUCAGCCACCUAAAAAUGACAUUAAGAAAGUUAUAGUCAACUCUGAUUCAGCUAGACGAUCAUUUGAGUCCACUUCAAGAGAAGAAGGGGAAAACGAGGAUGAUGAUUGUUUUAUUGUGAGUGGGAAGGAUUUUAAUAAGAAAGGAGUGAAGUGGCAUAAGUCCAAUCAUCUUUAUGAAGAUUCUGAUAAUUUUGAUGCAUUGGAAGAUCCUGCUGAUGUUUUUGUUUCAGAGGAGGAGCACGUAAUUACUUUGACUGGUCCAAAGUUUACCUUCAGACUACCUGGAAAAAUUGGCAAAAUGUUGUAUCCUCAUCAGCGUGAUGGAUUGAAGUGGCUUUGGUCUCUCCACUCUAUGGGUGUUGGAGGUGUAUUGGGUGAUGAUAUGGGUUUAGGCAAGACAAUGCAGAUUUGUGGUUUCCUAGCUGGACUCUUCCACUCAAAUUUGAUUAAGAGGGCCCUGGUUGUUGCUCCUAAAACACUGUUGCCCCAUUGGGUCAAAGAACUUUCAACUGUGGGCCUUGCUGGAAAGACAAGAGAAUAUUUCGGAACUUCAGUGACUACAAGGCAAUAUGAGCUUCAAUAUGUACUACAGGAUAAAGGUAUUCUUUUGACAACUUACGACAUCGUGCGGAAUAAUGUAAAGUCAUUAAGUGGAGAUUACUAUUAUAAUGAUGAAGGAAGUGAGGAUGAAAUGACGUGGGACUAUAUAAUUCUUGACGAGGGUCAUCUGAUAAAAAAUCCCAGUACACAGAGGGCAAAAAGUCUGCUUCAGAUUCCUGCAGCACAUCGUAUUAUUAUUAGUGGCACACCCCUUCAAAACAAUCUCAAGGAGUUGUGGGCCUUAUUCAACUUUUGCUGUCCUGAGAUUCUAGGUGACUAUAAAUGGUUUAGAGAUAAGUAUGAGAAAUUAAUUAACCGUGGAAAUGAGAAAAAUGCGUCUGAUAGGGAAAAGCGCAUUGGUUCAACUGUUGCAAAGGAAUUAAGAGAAAAAAUUCAACCUUACUUUCUUCGCCGUUUGAAAAGUGAGGUAUUCAGUGAAGAUGAUUCCAGCAAUAGCUCCAAACUCUCUAAGAAGAAUGAGAUCAUUGUGUGGUUAAAAUUGACUAGGUGCCAGCGACAAAUCUAUGAAGCUUUCUUGAAAAGUGAGAUAGUCCUUUCAGCUUUUGAUGGUUCUCCUUUGGCUGCACUCACGAUCUUGAAAAAAAUAUGUGACCAUCCACGUCUCUUGACAAAAAGAGCUGCUGAGGAUGUGUUGGAAGGCAUGGAUUCAAUGCUAGACCAGCAAGAUCAUGAUGUGGCUGAGAAACUGGCAAUGCAUAUAGCAGAUGUUGAUAAAAUGUUUGACUUUGAGGAGAAGCAUGAUAUUUCCUGCAAGACAUCAUUUAUAUUGUCUUUGCUGGAUGAUUUGAUUCCAAAGGGACAUCACGUGCUUAUAUUUUCACAGACACGAAAAAUGUUAAAUCUAAUUCAGGAAUCUCUCAUAUCCAAUGGUUAUGAAUUCAUGCGGAUUGAUGGCACAACUAAAGCCUGUGAUAGAUUGAAGAUUGUUAAUGAUUUCCAAGAGGGUCGUGGGGCACCUAUUUUUCUUUUGACUUCCCAAGUUGGUGGUCUAGGUCUUACACUCACGAAAGCAGAUCGUGUGAUUGUGGUUGACCCAGCAUGGAACCCAAGCACUGAUAAUCAGAGUGUUGAUCGUGCAUAUCGUAUUGGACAAAUGAAGGACGUGAUUGUGUAUCGAUUGAUGACUUGUAGCACCGUCGAAGAGAAAAUUUAUAGACUGCAGAUAUUCAAGGGAGGACUUUUUAGGACAGCUACGGAGCACAAAGAGCAAAUGCGAUAUUUCAGUAAACAAGAUCUUCAAGAGCUGUUUAGUCUACCAAAACAAGGUUUUGACAUAUCUGUUACUCGGCAGCAGUUGCUUGAACAGCACGGUCAGCAACAAAUGAUGGAGGACUCUUUAAAAGCCCAUAUUAAGUUCCUCGAAGGUUUGGAUAUAGCUGGAGUUAGUCAGCACAGUUUACUCUUCUCAAAGGCUGAGCCUGAACCAGUUGUUCAGGAGGAGGAGGUGCCAAGGGUGAGGGGUGCUACAUUCAGGGCAAACUCUUCCUCGCGCUUGUCUAAUGAAGAAGCUCAUAGUGCACAAUAUGCCUUCAACCCUAAAGAUGUGAAGCUGCUGCAGAAGAACUCUUCUCCUAGUGCAAGUGAACCUACGGAGGCUGAAAUCACUGAGAAAAUCAACCGGCUAUCUCAGAUUCUUGGCAAUAAGGCUACAAUGUCCAAAUUACCAGAUAAUGGAGAGAAAAUACGGAAACAAAUUGCUCUUUUGAAUUUAGAGCGUGAUGAGAUUCGGAAGGAAAAGGAAGCCACAGGUGAAAAUUUCGUUCACCUGGAGGAUUUAUCUCGGGAAUUCGAGAGGAUGCUGAAUAUGAAGAUGUAGUAGCUCUAGCUACCGGUUUUCUAUCACUUCAUGUAUGUUGUUACUAUUUGGUCAUGGUAAUUAGCUGGCUUCUCUCAAUGAGCUGUUUUUGGACAAAACCAUAACUGUAAUUAUUUGCUCAUAGUAAAGCUCAAAUACUCUUUGUUC